AUGACAGCCCUCCACUCCAGUGCUAGCCCAUUCACACUGCAGACCAAGGCCACCAAAUCUGCAAUCGUCUCCGCCAGAUCCUUCUCCUCUUCUCUUUUCUCCACGCCGGUCCGCCCCCAACAACUACAGACCUUCUCCCGACUCCCGUCCACAAGCAUUCCCACCACCCUCUCCUCGGUGUCCUCGCUGCUCUCCCAGCAAUCACAACAGAGCCGUACAUUCUCAGCAACUGCACACCUUGGCGUGAAACGCAACACAUUCAACCCCUCGCGACGAGUACAGAAGCGACGCUCCGGGUUCCUGGCCCGUAACAAGUCCCAGAAGGGUCGUCUUGUCCUGAUCCGGCGGCGUCUCAGGGGACGCAAGGCUAUGAGCUGGUAA